AUGUCAUCUCCAAUGGGUGAGCAUGGUGCGUUCAAGGCGUCACCAGUAGCACAAAGUCAAUCGAAGCCUGGUCUGGAGAGUAAAUUAGCAUUCCCGAGCGAGUCGAGCAAAUUGGAAGGACCAGGGGACUUUGUUGAGUAUGCCGGUUCGGGGAAACUCAAAGGGAAGAAGGCUCUCAUCACUGGAGGGGACUCUGAAAUUGGCCGCUCGGUUGCCAUUCUAAUGGCAAGAGAGGGAGCUGAUAUCAGCAUUGUAUUUCUCCCGGCAGAGCAAGUGGAUGCAGAGACCACCAAAGACCUGGUGGAGAAGGAGGGUGUCCAUUGCCUUCUUAUCUGCGGAGACUUGAGAGACCUGGAUUUUUGCCGUGAGGCCGUGGAGAAGCAUGUAGCAAAGUUCGGCAAAGUCAACGUACUCAUCAAUAAUGCGUCGAAACAAUACAUUUGCAAGGAUUUCUCUGAGAUUGAUCUCGAGAAAACACAGGAUAUUUUUAAAACCAACAUCAUCCAGAUGAUUGCCAUGGCGAAGUUCGCUCUCCCUCAUAUGUGUCGAGGCGAUUCUAUCAUCAAUACUUCCUCUGUCGUAACAUUCCGAGGAUCAGGUACAAUGGUCGACUACGCUGCAACCAAAGGCGCCAUCAUCGGCUUCACUAAAUCGCUAGGGGCGCAUUUGAUCCCGAAAGGCAUUCGUGUCAAUGCCGUUGCACCAGGCGCAAUCUACACACCUAUCCAAGUUGACACCCGUGAGGCUGAACAAAUGGAGGGUUGGGGUUCAAAAGCAGGUCUAGGUCGACCCGGCCAGCCCAGUGAGGUUGCAACCAGCUUCGUAUUCCUGGCGAGUGCGGAUGCUUCACUGUAUUACGGGCAGGUUCUGCACUGUUAUCCACUCGGGGACUAG